AAAAAAAAAAAAAAAAAAAAAAAGGUAUUGCAUAUGCGUUGGUGGCUAAGCUGAGGCUUGCUAUUAUCGCCUUCAAACUCAACUUGCCUCCGCUAUUGGGCGCCAGCCUUAACUCUCAAGACCUCAAACUCAAACUGCGGUAUUCCUUCCCGUAGUUGGGCAUAAACACAAUCAAUGCGAUCAAUGCGACAGGGUUAGAUGGAUGUCGUUUAAGCUCAUCCGGGUUUUCCCCAUUGUGUGUGAUACGACAUAGUCGUCAUAGCCAACUUUAAUUCUAGACUUUCUUUAAUCUCUCGCCUAGUUAUCCUAUCCUAUCCUAUCAUAUACUAUCCCUCGACCCCCCAACCCCCCAACCCCCCUACUCUUUUACAAUGGCCGGGUGGGAGAGCCGCAAGAAAAUUCAUGAGUGGAGAAUCAUGCAACAUCGAGGCCGUAAUAAAGUCCUAAAGGCAUCAAAGGACCCUAUCGCGCGAGCCCGGCUCUGUGCCGAGAUCCCGUCCCCGAAAUCCGCAGGACUCCACAUUUCAGAGUCGGAUCGAAUCUCGGCCUUGAUGUCCCUUCCGGCAUUCCUCUUCAACGGCCCCGCAGUAGAUUCCGGACAAUCCCAGAUCACUAGCCAAGGGUGUCAAUCCUUCCUUACCACUUUUCCAGCCGAGGUCCGGAACAUCAUAUACUACUACGCCAUCGGCUAUCCUACAUGUCGAAGACUAUACGACUACUACUACGACCAGAAGGAAAAGGCUAAAGCUGGGAUUGAGCUGCGACUACGCUCUGCUAAUACCAAAGUAUCGCGCCACUCCAAGGUCAUUCUUCAGACGCCUACCAUCCUCCUUCUUUGCAAGCAGAUAACGAGAGAAGCACUCAGUCUCCUGUGUUUCCAGCCCUUCGUCAUCGACUGCAUCCCGCCCUGGAUCAUGGGCAACCCAUCACCCCUCUCCAUAGUCAACUUCAUCAGCAGAGCAACAUUGCAGAAUCUUCGAUUCGUCCAAAUCAAAAUCUCGCUCGGUGAUAGUUGUGAGUUCGGAAGCGGGAAGGUCUGGCUUAGGCUACUGAACGACGUACUGGAUGCCUGGUCGGAACGCAAUUCGCUCAUUCGAUUAGAAGUCAUGUUCAAGCUGUCGCAUGUCACCAGGCCUAACAUGUGGAUCUACGAGCUGGACGAUUACGAAAGGCUUGUGGACAAGCUUAGCUACUUCGAGUUCAAACACGGAUCAAAGCCAGGCUUGAUUCGUUGGGAACAUUGGGUUAUAGAUUUCGACUAUGCUUAUCGAGUCGGGCAUAGAAAUCCCUUAGUUCGUGUACAUCCUGACCCAUACAUAUGGCAAGGGAGCGUUAUCGAAUGGCUCUAAGCAAGUAUCUGACGUUUAAAACUACGGCUAUAUAGCCCAUAAUGAAGUCCCUCCAUAUCGAGAGGAGUACGAAUAUCACGAAACGGGAUAAAGGCAGGAACAAAUGGAUUUUACAGACAUGUCCGCACGACCAUACGGCGUUUGGAAGGCAUAUACCCAGGCUAUUAUUUAGUUUCUACGGCGAGCUUUUCUUUUCUCCAGAUAAUCUUAUAAUACUUUCUCGAUGAGAUGCCAUAGCUAAGAAUGAUUUAUUUAUUUACCUACCUUACACUACGCCGACGUAUAUUAAUAUUAAUAUUAACUCAUGGAG